UUGAGAUCAGACAACACGGACCCGUCUCGAUCGGCUGGUGCACGAUGGUUUUCUGACUGUCUGUAUGUCUGUCUGUCUGUGUGUGUCCGUGUGUCUUGCCGCGAAUUGCUGCAGUGCUGUUUUUCCAGGUGUUGUGGUGCGUGUGAGUGUGUGUGUGUGUGUGUGUGUGUGUGUGUGUCUGAGUGAGUGAGUGAGUGAGAGAGUGUGUAAAUGUGUGUGUGAAUGUGAGUGCAUGGUGCUGUAGCAUGGUGCAAUUCUCUUACGAAUUGGACUAAGCCGGGGAACGGAGUCUGAUGUCACAUGUGCUUCAUCGGAGGAGACGGGGCAUCUGGAAGCUGGAUUUUGUGGAGGAUGCUGCGGCAAGUGAUACACAGAGGGCUCAAGGCUUCGUUCUACUGGCUCGGCUUAUUCGUUAGCAGGCACCCGGUUUUCUUCCUCACUGUCCCCGCGGUCCUCACCAUCAUUUUCGGAUCUACCGUGCUGAGCCGAUUCAAGCCGGAGACGGACCUGGAGGUGCUGGUCGCCCCUACUCACAGCCUGGCUAAGAUCGAGCGGAGUCUCGCCAACAGCCUGUUUCCCAUCGACCAGUCGAAGCACAAGCUGUACUCGGAUUUGCACACCCCGGGCAGAUAUGGCAGGCUGAUCCUGCUGGCCAAGUCCGGGGGGAACAUCCUGGAGCUGGCCGACCAGGUCCUGCAGGUCCACAAGCAGGUGUUGGAUUUGCGCGUCAAUUACAAGGGAUUCAAUUACACGUUCGCUCACCUCUGCGUGCUAAGCCACAGGGACAAGCGCUGCCUCCUGGAUGAUAUCAUCACCAUCUUCGAAGAUAUCAGACUGGCUGUGCUUUCCAACAACACUUUCCAUAAGGUGCCCGUGAGCUAUCCAAACACAACAUUAAAGGAUGGCCGUGUGUCCUUCAUAGGCCACCAGCUGGGCGGUGUGUCCUUCUCGGCCAACAGCCGCGACCAGCAGGUUAAGUUUGCCCGCGCUGUCCAGAUCACCUACUACCUCCGCAACCACGGACCGGUGGUGCAAGAUGCCAUCGCCGAACGCUGGGAGAACGAAUUCUGCACCCUGGUCAGCCGGCUGUCCAUGGCCGAGGCGCCCCAUGCGCCGGACCAGCUCCACAUCCAGUCGCUCACGUCCUUCAGUCUGUGGCGUGACUUCCACCAGACGGGAGUGCUGGCCAAGGGCGAGGUGCUGGUCAGCCUGGUGCUGGUGCUCCUGGCCGCCACCAUCUCCAGCUCCAUGCGGGACUGCCUGAGGGGGAAGCCGUUCCUGGGCCUGCUGGGCGUGCUCACCAUCUGCAUUGCCAACGUGACAGCUGCAGGGAUCUUCUUUAUAUCCGACGGGAAGUUCAACUCUACACUGCUGGGGAUCCCAUUCUUUGCCAUGGGCCAUGGAACCAAAGGGGUGUUCGAGCUGCUAGCAGGCUGGAGGAGAACAAGGGAAAAUCUCCCCUUCAAGGAGCGCGUGGCGGACGCUUUUGCUGAUGUGAUGGUGUGCUACACCAUGACCAGCUCACUCUACAUCAUCACCUUUGGCAUGGGAGCUAGCCCUUUUACCAACAUCGAGUCAGUUAAAAUUUUCUGUCAGAGCAUGUGCGUUGCCAUCCUGGUCAACUACUUCUACGUUUUCUCUUUCUACGGCUCGUGCCUGGUCUUUGCCGGACAGCUGGAGCAGAACCGCUACCACAGUGUUUUCUGUUGUAAAAUCCCCUCCGUGGAGUACCUGGACCGCCAGCCCACAUGGUUUAAAACCAUGAUGAGUGACGGCCAUGACUUGUCCACGCACCACGACAGCGUCCCCUACCAGAAUCACUUCAUCCAGCACUUCCUGCGUGAGCACUACACAGAAUGGAUUACCAACACCUAUGUCAAACCCUUUGUGGUCAUUCUAUAUCUCAUCUAUGCCUCUUUCUCAUUCAUGGGAUGUUUACAAAUCAGUGAUGGAUCAAACAUUGUGAACCUGCUGGCUAGUAACUCUCCCAGUGUUUCGUAUGCACUGACCCAGCAGAAAUACUUCAGUAACUACAGUCCCGUGAUUGGGUUUUACAUUUACGAGCCCAUUGAGUACUGGAACUCCACGGUGCAGGAGCACCUGAAGACUCUAAGUCAUGGCUUCAACAAGAUCUCUUGGAUGGACAACUUUUUCCACUACCUGCGGGUGGUGAAUGUGAGUGCUUCAACCAAGAGCGACUUUAUCACCAUCCUGAAGGGCUCCUUCCUGCGCAGCCCGGAAUACCAGCACUUCACUGAGGACAUCAUAUUCUCCAAGAACCGUGAGACCGAUGAGUACGACAUUAUUGCCUCACGGAUGUACUUGGUGGCACGGACGACAGAGAAGAAGCGGGAAGAGGUGGUGGAGCUUCUGGAAAAGCUUCGUCCGUUGAUGCUGAUCAACAGCAUCAAGUUCAUUGCCUUCAAUCCUACGUUUGUGUUCAUGGACCGCUACAGCUCCUCCGUCAUCUCACCCAUCCUGACCUCAGGCUUCAGCGUGCUCACAAUCCUCAUCCUCACUUUCUUCCUGGUCAUCAAUCCCUUGGGGAACUUCUGGCUCAUCCUCACGGUAACGUCCGUGGAGCUGGGCGUCUUGGGUUUGAUGACCCUCUGGAACGUUGGCAUGGACAGCAUCUCAAUCCUGUGCCUUAUUUAUACCCUCAACUUCGCCAUGGAUCACUGUGCGCCACACCUGUACACUUUUGUGCUAGCCACCGAGCACACUAGGACGCAGUGCAUCAAGUUGGCACUGGAGGAGCACGGGGCAGCCAUCCUGCAGAACGCAUCCUGUUUUGUGAUCGGGAUCAUGCCCCUGGUGUUUGUGCCUUCCAAUCUGACCUAUACACUGUUCAAGUGCUCCCUCCUCACCGCAGGCUGCACCGUGCUGCACUGUUUUGUCAUCCUGCCUGUCUUCCUGACCUUCUUCCCGCCAUCCAAAAAGAGACACAAGAAAAAGAAACGGGCAAAGCGCAAAGAGCGGGAGAGGGAGAGGGAGCGGGAGAGGGAAAGAGAAAGGGAAGAGAUAGAGUGCAUCGAAGUCAGGGAGAAUCCUGAUCAUGUGACAAAUGUCUGAGUAGUUUGUAAUUUUAGCAAUGAGUAUGAGUGGUUAUCCGUCAGUUAUUGGUGGAUUAGAGGUAUUCUCCAAUGGUGAGUUGCCUCUUGAGGUGCAGGGGAGUCAAAUGUCCCCUGAGGAGUGGGAACUGGUCAUUCCCAACCAAUAGCAGCUAGGCCGGCCAGAGUAGAGCGCAGCCCCACUGGUCAGUCUUUCAGUCCUUGACAGUCUGGACAGUGUAUCUCAUUUGCACAAACUGCAAUAAGCUCACGGUUCUAAACCUCUUUCCCAACUAUUAGGUUUAUGAAAACAAGUUAGUUCCCAGAACUUAUGCUUGCUAAAUCUGUAAGUAAAUUCUAAACAAACACUGUGUUAGUCCAUUUAAAUAUUAGCAAUUUUAUUUUCAUCUCCCUUAGCCCAUAUCUCAAAAGAGGUGAGUGAGGAUCAUAGCAGUCUGUUAAGCCAAGGACAUUCAAGUUGGUGAAAGUAGUUAGUGUGAUCAUACAAAAGUGUACACAUCUUACUCACACCUGGAUAGCAGAAACUUACCAAUACCAAAUUCUGUGGAAAGAGAGAAACCGUGGAAAGCACACCGCAACUUUUUCUGUGACAUUAAAAAUAGCUGAACAGCUGAACUUGGCAGAUGGCAUACACUGUGUCCAUUAUGAAGAAUUAUCUUGCACAUUGCAUUGUGAGAAUAGAACUGUUGAGGUUUAUAUAUUAGCAGGAGACCCAUAUUUCUGCUUUAUUCCAGAGAUCAUAUAAGGUUGUACGCAAUGGCAAAAGGAACUGCAGUGGGCUGCAGCUAUGAAGAGGAAGUGAUAAGUGACUGUUGUGCAGCAGUAUUCGAAAAUGCAGUAAGCCUGAGUAUGACUUAAGUAACUGCUUUUGCACCAGACCAGUAAAACCAAAAGUGAAGAGUGUUUCAAAGGUUUGAAAUAUUUAAUUUUCUAGCAGGUUGAUAACAAUGGAUAGUUUCUGUGAGAGUAUGAGUGUCUUUGUGAUCCACUUACAAAAGCUUACUGGCAUGGCACUGGUAAUUGGAAGGUCUGAAUGUGAUUCAAGCUAGCAGUGGUGCCAAAUAGUGUACAUAUUUUUUGUUUGUUUGACAGUUCUAUAACAACAACAAAAGGCUCAGUAAGUUUGAACUUUCAUAUAAAUCAACCAUUAAUCAUGAAUUAUUCAAGCUAAUUUAAAUUAUUGCUAUUUAAUGUUGUUGAGGUUUGUUGAGCAGAUUGUGAAGCAGGUUUUAAAUGAAGCAGUGAGGCACCUUUUGUUAAGUACACUGUGUCUGAAUAGUUUUAAUUGCCGAAGUGAAAAUAGAACCUCCGGGUUUUGUUCCAGAAGUAAGAAAACUGCAUUCAAAAUUAUUGCCAUUUGUAAUAAAACAAAUUAAUAUAAAUCCAGCCGUACAAGAUAACCUGUUGUAUUCGUUCACUCCAUUUGUUUAGACAUGGUUAGUACGUUUUAAAAGAAAAAUGCAUAAUCACUGUUUAUUUAAUAUUUGUGUUUUUACCAGCCUUUAAAGCUGCACUUAUCAAUAUUUUUAUGUUGACAAUGGAUCAAAAGACAAAGUGUAGAUAAAGGUGUCGAUCAUAUUGACCAGGUCACAGAGAAUUAUUACCCAACUGCAGAGCAUUUUAGCAUCUUUUAGCUCAUUAUUUUGUGGCCAGCAACCUAACUGUAUGGUUCAGUCUCCCUACUCUCAUCAACCGUGUUUCCAGUAGCAGGCAGCUUUUUCCUGGGAAAAAGCUUUGAUAUGCCCUCUCUUCGCUAUCGUCCCAGCAACAAACAGCAGACAGACAAAGUUGGUGGACACAGUGGAGCAUUUAGAGGCUAAAGAGCCACAUCCCUCAGGAGUCGGUGGAGACCAAAACAGAGCUUAAAGAAGUGUAUAUUGGACUUACAUUGGUCAGGCUUUCAGAAACACAACGCCAAGUGAUUGCUAAUGUUGCUCUGUAUCUGCCGGAUGUGUAAAUAAGCAAUUGCUUGCUAAUACAUGCUAACUUUUUGAGGUGAUCAUUUGUCAAGAUGUGUUUUUCAGCAUGUUCCAAGGCCCCCACUUAACCAAAAAAAAGCUGCUUUAUUGAACACCAUUACCCCAAGCCUAUGACCAUCCAGGGUUAAAUUAAACAGCUUGAGAGACUAGAUAUGACAGAUACUAUAUAAGGAAGAAAUAGUUAUGAUUAUGUAUAAUGUGUGCAAGGCCAUGACAGAAAAAUGUCAUAGUUUUGACAGUUUUUUAAAGAUAAUUCUUUAGAAAAGACCAACUGAACUAUCCUGGCCACGACAGUUAUUUAAAUGUUAACAAAUCAAAUAUUUUACUUUUUGGACAGUAAACCCCAUGAAGCAAAUUUGAAUUUCCUAAGACGGCGAAGGCAUGGCCUGUCCUACUCUGCCUCUGAUUGGCUAGUACUAUUUGCCUUUGUUGGUUAGAUUGGUUUAGGCAUGAGGAGUGAGAAUGGUUAGGGUAAGAAUACCAGGGUAAGCCACCCUUAAUGAGAGAUUCUAUUGAAUUAUGAAUGCGAGUGCCUAGUCUAGCCUGAAAGUGGCUCUCUAUUGGGAAGAUUGCAAAAGUGAAGGUGCUGACCACUACUGCCACCUAUAGGCCUGAAGCUGGUUUUGUCCAUGUAGUAAAUUAGUCUAUUUUUGCCCUAAUACUUCAAAUAACAUCCCAUCAAAAAAUACUCUGCAUUCCACAAUACCCUUCUUCAAAAUUCAGACUUGAAGUCUAAAAUGGCUGCUGUCUCCCCAGAGAGUAAACAGUAUUAUCCAUGUGUGCCAAGACCUGAUAAGAAUCUCUGUUGCAGUCCCAAAACAAACACGGUCAAGGUCAGCAGCUCUGACAGAUACCAAUCUCACGCUGACCUCUUGCAGGCAGAUCUUAGCUGGUUGCAUGUGAUAGAGAGGCCCCAUAUGAGAGAGCAGAUGUGGCUGAUUGCAGAUCAGUCAAUACCUUGUUACAGGAUUGUCAUUGAGGGGACACUGCUGUCUUGCUUCUUUGUGGUGCCACUGAGGAAGUGAAUGGCUCUCACAGAGGACAGCUAAACAGGCAGCUGGGGGUAGAUUAGAAUGUUGAUAUUGGACCAAACGUCAGUUAGAUAUAUGUGUUUGACAAAGAAGUGCGUGAGGGAAGAUUAAACCCACUUCUUUUCUAAACUCAUAUCAGUAAACAAAUAAGAUGCAAAUGUGUAAAAGAAUCAUAGUUUACCUGUCAUACUUUACCACAAACACAUUCCCUGCUUUUGUGGAUUUGUGGAGAAAGUAAUGUCAUAUGAUAAGAACCUUAUAGAUUUCAUCAACCAAACAUUGCCCUACUUAGAAGGGAGGAGUUUUUGGCUACUUUCCUGCAGCAGCUGCAGUGAACGUCACAUUAUGAAUAAGCCAUGUCAUGUAUGUAUAGCAGGAAGGCAUGAAAUGUUUGAAACACGGGAAAGAAAUCUUAAAUAAUUUACUUCCCAAAAUGAACUGUUUGCAUGGCACUGUACUGUAUGUAUGCAUGUAUUUAAUUUUUCUGUAUGAAGUCUACGUAUUUUUAUUUUUAUUUUUGCUACGUUGUAGUGACCUAUGUUUGUUGUUUCAAUACAUAUUCUGUAACACCAUGCUGCAAAAGAACACAUUUAGUCAUAUCUGUUCCAAAACAAAAGCCAGAGGAUAUUCUUGUGUAAAAUAACUGUAAAUUACUUUUUAUAUAUUUGCUAAGAAAAAAUAUACUAUAGAAAGAUUUUUAAUGACUGAAUUUUCUUAAAAAAAAGAAUAAAAAGGGAAAAAGUUAAACACAGUAGGCCAGUAAUAAACAGUGGAAUGUUA